GGAGGAGGGGAGAGGGAGGGGAGACCGAGGCAGGGAAGGAAAUAAGUAAGGAAGGAGAGAAAGAGGGAGGGAGGCGAGGUGUAGCCGCCGCCUUGCCGCUCUGCGUUCUGCAGCCGGCGCGGAGAAGAGGACAGCCCACGGCAGGCGUCCCGGCAUGCUGAAAGUCACCAUGCCCUCCUCAUCCUCAUCCUCCUCGUCCUCCUCAUCCUCCUCCUCCUCCGGCUCCUCGGCCGCCAGCCGCCCCGGCUCCGCCGCGCCCGACUACUGGAUCGAUGGCUCCAACAAGGACACCCUGGCUCACUACUUCGAGCUGGAGUCCGAGCUGGGACGUGGGGCUACAUCCAUUGUCUACAGAUGCAGGCAGAAAGGGACCCAGAAACCUUACGCCAUCAAAAUGUUGAAGAAGACAGUAGACAAGAAAAUUGUCCGCACCGAAAUUGGAGUUCUUCUUCGCCUUUCGCAUCCCAACAUUAUAAAACUGAAGGAGAUAUUUGAGACUCCUACAGAAAUCAGUCUUGUUCUGGAACUGGUCACUGGUGGAGAACUAUUUGACAGGAUUGUGGAAAAGGGAUAUUACAGUGAACGAGAUGCUGCUGAUGCGGUCAAACAAAUCCUGGAGGCAGUUGCUUACCUGCAUGCAAAUGGGAUUGUGCAUCGGGACUUGAAGCCAGAAAAUCUACUCUAUGCAACACCAGCACCGGAUGCACCAUUAAAAAUUGCUGACUUUGGACUUUCCAAGAUUGUGGAAGAUCAUGUGACCAUGAAGACAGUUUGUGGAACUCCAGGGUACUGUGCACCAGAGAUAUUACGGGGAUGUGCCUAUGGCCCUGAGGUGGACAUGUGGUCUCUGGGGAUUAUCACCUACAUCCUACUUUGUGGCUUUGAACCAUUUUAUGAUGAAAGGGGAGAUCAGUAUAUGUUUAAGAGAAUCCUGAACUGUGAAUACGACUUUGUGUCCCCCUGGUGGGAUGAUGUGUCUCUGAAUGCCAAGGAUUUAGUUAAAAAGUUGAUUGUUUUAGACCCCAAGAAACGCCUCACCACUCUACAGGCAUUGCAGCACCCAUGGGUCACAGGGAAGGCAAUAAACUUUGCACAUAUGGACAACGCACAAAAGAAACUUCAAGAAUUCAAUGCCCGGCGUAAACUUAAGGCCGCAGUGAAAGCCGUGGUGGCCUCCACGCGCCUUGGCAGCGCCAGCAGCCACAGCGCCCACGAUGGCCACAAGCCCAGCCACGGCCCAGCGCCCGCCCGCGACGCCCAGCCCGCGGAGAAACCCACUCAGGAAGCAGCAGCAGCAGCAGCUCGAGAAGAAAUGCCUUAGGUCGAUGUUGCUCACUCGUGUCAGCAGAGAUGUGCCAUUUCAUACACCAGCUACCUUGUCAUUCAGCGAGAGAGAUUAGUAAGCUUGGCCUCUCUGGUUCUGCUUCGGGGUGCCACAGGCCCCGCUUGGUGAUCCUACCUUCAGUGCAUGUGACUGCUUAUGAAAAUAGUAAACUGUUCCAUUAGGCAUGUCAUGGAAACAGUGUUAUUUGCAGUAAUACCGGCAGGUGAAAACAUGGGGAUUAUUAACUACCUACCAUAAUGUGUAUACUUCAUCUAUCUGGUGUUCCUAGGUGGCAUUUGAAACAAAAUGCUAUUUUGUUUGGUUUUAUGGAAGUAGGUGUCUUAUCUAUGUUGUAAGUUUCUUUGAACUGUUUCCUUCCAGGUUCAUAGUCCUUUGGCAGACAAAAUGGAAGGAAAUACAAAACCAAUGCUUUUAAAACUGAUGUAUGAAAUAAUGCUUUUUAUCUGUAAAAUUGAAAAAUUAUUUGGGGAUUUACAUGCAAAAAAAAAAAAAAAAAAAACCAAACAACAUUCCACUACUUCUGGGAAGAAAUUGAAAUGGUAGUUCCACUGGGCAUGAAAACAUACAUUGUUCAAGCUUGCAUUGAGAAUGCCUUAUUCUGACUUUUCCUGUUUAUAUAAAAUAUUUUAAUAACAACCAAAAUUACUCAGAUUGCUGCCAUUUCAUUCCAUAGUAAAGUCUUAGCAAAACAAAACCAUAGACUAAACAAGGAUUAGAGUAGAUGCAGAUUUUUGGCAUACCAUUAUAUUUAUUCAUUAAAAUUCUAAACUCUGCAGCUAGAAGACUUUUUAUAGGCCCUAAGGGAAUAAUCUGCAUUUAAAUAAGUUGUAAAUGCUUGAAGAAAGCUAUACCACAGCUUACUGAUUUUGCUUUGGGGAAACACUCUUAUGCGAGGUCCGGGAGCAAGUAGUAUAAUCUAGUUGGUUCCCGGGUAGUUUAACCUCAUGAGUGAGCAGUUUCCACUUGUAAUUAGUCCACAUUUUCAUAACAAAGGACCCCUCCUUGUAAAGUGAUCCACCAGCACAGAUCUUGCAUCCACCCAGAGCUCCUGUGUCUUGAGUUAGCAGCUGUGUGCAUCGAUCAGCUUGCAAAAGUAGGGUCAGGCUCUUCAGCUAUCUUGAUGUUUUUGUUGAAUGUGAUUGAUAGGAACUGAAAAACUAAUGUGCAUCAGUGUGUAUGACCACUUACAUUUGUUUGUUAUCUAUUUGACAGCAUGUGACUAUUGUACUGAUAUAUUACAGAAAUGGCAAAAAGAACCUGAUGUACAAAAAUGUCAUUUGUGCUUGUAAAGUUUUUAAUACUGAUAGUUACCUAACAUCCUAAUACAGUCAUCAUUCCUCUUUUGCUUUAUUUGUUUUUAUGUUGCUGUUAGGCCUUGCACAAUUCGCCUUGAAAAAAAUAUAGCAGCUACUGAAAAAACCAAGACUUUAAUAAAACAUUCAAUAAUUACAUUUCCUGAUGAAAUAAAGGGUAAUGCAAUGUUAUUCGUAUGGUAGAUUUAAUAAAUAAAAUGUGCUCUAAAUUAACAUAUAAAGGAGGAUUAAAGAUCCUGUCUUUACAGGGUGAGAAUGUAUGCUAGUGAAUCUAUUAUACUUGAGAUUUUUUAUCCAUUUCUUAGAACUCUUUGAACUUGUACAAAAAGUUUUGCUAACUAAGCAGGGUUGAAAUUUAAAGUACAUGCAUGCAUUCAUUUUUCAAGGGACACACUUUGAGGUCAGCCGAAGCAGCUGGUGGGGGCCUGGCAGCUGUGUGCAGGCCAACCCAACACUUUUACACAUUUUUCCCUUGAAAACAAGUACAGAAAGAUUAAUAACUUUGAAGAAGAUUAUAGGUACACCCACCUGUCUCACUUUUUACUCUCUGUCUUACCUCCUUUGAGGUAGGAAAAAUCCAAUUCUCAGCUACUUUACUCCACCCCCUUAUUCUGUGGUGAAGUCAUCCAAGUUCAGUCAGUCAGGAAGUCUGAUGGGAGAGGCUGGAUAUCUGUAAGAUUUCAUCCUUCAUUUGGGAUAAUUGCUUCAAACCUGCAGAAGUGGAGCUGGCUCCACACUUCUGUGAGAUAUGCACAUCUGUGAGACCUUGAGUAUAAAUUUCUUCAUCUGAGGCACGGUUUCUUGACCUGAAAAGAGGUCCCAGCUGAUUCUCACUGGUGGUUUUUGCUAAGUUAUUCCGCAGCAUAUUAUAACUAUGAACUGAUGGCAUCCAGCAGGAGACCUCUUUGUGACAGCAUGAUCUUCAGAGGCAGCUCAGUUUUGUGUACAAAGGCUCUGGGGCUUCAGUUGGUUUUUUGCUUUGUUUUCUUUUAUCAUACUCAACAUUAAGCAAUCAGGAUGUCUGUGCUGAGUCUGUGACUACCAGUAAGUAAAGCACUGUGCCUGGCUGAUACAUUUGAUGUAUGACAGCACUUGGGUGUAUGCAUGCACUGGAAGACAGGAGUGUUACCUGCAUUGGCUUUGUCUGAAAAAUCACCUCCUGGUGGCAUCUGCUACUGCUCAGACUGGGAUGUGCAACACCAGUGUCUUACUGCGGCUGAAAAAUGUGAACACACUUGAAAACUACUAGAGAUGGACCAGAUGUUUCCAAAUCUGUGGUUAUAAGCUAGGUAGAAAGCUACUCGUGCUCUUUUCUGUUGAAAUCCUAAGCUUUAAUUUUUUAGAAUAUUUAACAUAUUAACAAUGUUCUUCAAGAACAAAAGGGGGAACCUUUCAAUCUUUUUGAAGCACUUGAACUUAGCAAAACUUUUCCUUUAAAAGCAGAUUCCAGCUCUAGCCAAUAGUAGUCCAAUAUUUGAGAGCUAGGAUGAUGAUCAGAUAGCUGUUAAAUGGCUAAGGAAGUCCUGCCUUUGCACCACAUAGGGGUUUUUCCAGGUUCAGAAAGAUUCCCUCCAAUAUAAAAUAGAUUUCCUGUAAUUUCAAACACUUUUGCUUGCAAUUUUGUGGAUGACACAGUAGAUUACACUGUGUGAGCCUGGUGCUGAUUUGUUGGCUGAAGUUUGUAUUUGACAGUGUACAAACAUGCUGUAAAGAGGCAGACACACUGUAAUCAAAAUUCUGAAUGCAUAAUAACAUCAGGGCAAAAGUUUUUGAUACAGCAAGUUCUUCAGAAGAAGUGUGCUAAGGACUCUGUCCCCAGAAAUGAGCAGGCUGUUGGACACACAGAGUGACAAAAACUGCCCGGCAGUCCCUUUGCCUUGGUGAAUAAAGCAAAAUGCUCUGAAAAGCUGUGUGGUAGCAGAGCAGAAUAAAAGCAUCAACCAAUAAAGUUUUUUGAGGUGGCUCAGACCAGCAGCAAGUCCCAGGCUGCAGGAGGCCAUGGCUCACUGGCUGCCAAGCCUCUGCACUUUCCAAAUGAAUCACCUUCUCCUACAACUCACACUGCAAGCGGAACACAGACACAGCUGGCAGCCACAGGAGAAGUGAAGAUAGCACCAUGUUUUCUGUUGCCCAGCAGCAGGGAAAGGGAAGAUGAUACUGGGAGUUGUUAGUGUCCUACUCGACAGAAGGACAGCAAUAUCUGACAAGCAGCAAAUGCAGCAGGACUAUGGAAAAUAAACCCUUGUUUCUAGAUAAAUGUCCCUCUGCUCCUGCACAUGUGCUGGGUCGUCUCUGGGGUUUUAAGAGCAGCAUAUGAAAGUGUAGGGUGGAGGACUCCUGCAGAUCCUUGCACAAUGUCCUGCAUGUCGCCUGCUUACAGAAUGACAGACACAAGCAUCAGCACAGUGCCUUGACCCCAAGCUCACGCAGAGGCUGUUUCUUCUGGUGAAGAACUCAGUUUUGUGUGGCCAGCCUUGUUGCUGCUGAGGUUAUGAGUGCAUAGCUUAUGGAGGCAUGGCAUCCAUGUAACAAAGAUCAUCAGAGGCUGACCAAGAAAGAUGCACAUUUAGAUCUAGAGACCAGAGGCAGGGAUACACACAAGUCCUGAAGAUAACUAAGGUAACAAAGAGACAGGCAGAACAUCCUUAAAGGUACUUUAUAAAACAAUAAUAGCUCAAAGAAUGUCCUUUGCUCCCUAUCAGAGUUAGUUGAGUUGGAACAUAGUGAAAGUUCAUUCUUCUUUUGUAUAAAGAAAUUUAUAUAAAAUUCCCUGAUAAGAGCCAGCAUAAUACCACAUUUAAUUAAACAAAAAUCAUCAGCUGCAUUGCAGAAUAGAAAAAUAAGGAAAGAAAAGGGAAAAAAUAGGAGUUAAAUAUUUGUCUAGUGUAGACACAGAGCUCUAAAGGGAGGCUUGCAGAGGGUUACAAAGAUGAUGAGGGGACAGGAGCAGCUCUUUUAUGAGAAAAAGCUGAGGGAGCUUGGCCUGUUCAGUCUUAAGAAGGGAUGAUGGAGAGGGGACCUCAUUAAUAUAUCAGAAUACCUGAAAGAAGGGUGCCAAGAGGAUGGACCAGGCUCUGCUCCAUGGUGCUGAGCAAUACGACAAAAGGCAAUGGGCAAAAAUUGAUGCCCAGGAUGUUCCCUCUGAACAUGAGGAAGAAAUUCUUUACUGUACAGUGACCACACACUGGGACAGAUUUCCCAGAGAGGCUGUGGAGCCUCCCCCACUGGAGAUAUUCCAGAACCUGCACACAAUCCUGUGCAGUGUGCUUUAGGAAACCUGGUUUGAGCAGGGAGGUGGGACCAGAUGACCGCACCGAUGGUCACUUCUGGACUUACCCAUUCUGUGAUUUUGUGAUUUUAUGAUAUUAGUUCCAGAAGAUACAUAAACUUUUACUGGCAAGAUUGGAGAUUCUUUACAUCUGGGAGGUAAAACUUCUGGCCAGAGUCAUUCAGUGAAGAUUGCUGGAGGGUCAGUGAAGACAAUCCUUUGAAGUGUGAAUCCUCAACUAAUAUAAGAAUAGAACAAUAGACAUGCAUAUAACUAAAAAUUCAGCAAAUACUUACAUCCUCUUCUACUCCUCCAGAGUGGAAAAGAAAACAUGAAUGCCGUCAUGAUCUUAGUUACUGUUGGAAAGCAUUCAAAUAUUGUGGGACUAGGCAUAGUACAGAAGCAGGAAUACAAUGGAAUAGUUGAAAUGGCUCAAUUCUGAACUUAGCAGUAAAAUUAUAGAUUAAAAUCUGAAUAUGUACAUGAACAGAUAGAUAUAUAAAAUUAUCAAAUAAGAAGCAGAGACUGCUGAACAAUCUCUGAGAGCCAAGUCUGUAUUAAAAGUUGCAGCAACCUGCUAAGCCAUGUUUUGUACCUUGCCAGCAUUACUCAGCUGGACCUGAAACUAUAAUGAUUAACAGUCUAGCAUACAUAGAUCAUCACUGGAUGAAAUUCAGUAAUCCAUAUCAAAGUAUGAAAGAUAACAAAUACAGCGGUACAGAGUUUUGCCCAGCUCUGGCUCCUUCCAAGACACAGCUGCAAAAAAGGUUACUUCAGUGCCCUUGUCCUUUCUUGUGCUCAGUACAGGUGUUGAAGAGGAGUGACAACACAAGCACAGAAUUUCAUGAUGAGUUCGAGCUGCCACAAACUGCACAGAGGCCCUGCCCAGUGAUGCUCCAUCCACAGCAUGUGUGACUGAGAACUGACAAUCUGGCCGUUUAUUUGCACAACAGAAAGGUGUAUAUUGGCCAAGGUUUAUUAAACAGCACAUGUUUGCCCCUACGAAGUAGCAUGGAGCUCCUCCCAUAGGAAGAUACAUAAAGAGCAAAGCUUAAAAGAAAGGGAUCGUUUAUUUUUUUCCAUUUGAAACUCUGGUUUCAAGAACAAGUGUUAACAUUCAUGGCUAAAUGGCUCAUAGUUAUUCUUCCCCUUUGUGCUUCACUUAGUUUUUCCUGACCCAGGGGCAUCCAGGAAGGGCUAUCAGCUGCCAGUCAGUGGGUAAAGAGCCAUCUGACACCUGGCAGGUUUCAGCUUUUCUGCCCAGACAAAUCUGCUGUUGCCCUUGGUUCCAUAAGAUGUUUUCACUCCUGCUCUUGUGCUCCCAGAAGAGCCUGGGUUCUAUCAGUCAAGUAUACAUGUAUUUCUCUGUGAGCCACCCCUCGUGUGAUUUGUCACUGCCAGUUAGUACCCAGGGAGAGGUGUUUCUACUUUGCCUCUCCAUUUCCCAGACACAUGCUGUUUCCUGGCACCUUCAGAAUCCUUUCUUAAGAGCCUAUACCUGGCUGACAGAAAUAGCUCAGUGGUGUGCAACAAAUGCCAGACAGACACACAAAAGAAUUCAGUGUCUUGGGUUAUUUUCCUAACAGAAGAUGAAGGCACCUGGGCUGCUGCAGGUGCAGGAUGAGGGGUUCAGAGCAAAGAGGCACCAUACCAGGUUCUGCUCCUCAGCACCAGGAAGCUCCUUUGUCAGCAGCACCUUCUUCCUUCUGUGGAAGACAUUGUUUAGGUCAAUCCCAAAAGACAAGUCAGGCAUAGGAACUCUGAGAAAUAUCAUGUUGUGCUAUGACCAGGGACCUUCUUAAUAGUGUUUACAUAUAAUGUGUUGAUAGAAUCGUAUUUUAUGCAGCAUUGCCAUUUACAGUGUUGGCAGAAGAAACUGCGAAGUCAGUUUGGAACACUUGGUCACAUUUGUUGCCUGGAACUGUAAAUAAUGAUCUGCUUUGUAAUACAAACUCUGGAGCCAAUCACUGUAUCUGCAUAAGUACACACAGGGAAACUCCAUCAACAAGAAAACAGACCGUAAUUCUUAUUCCUGUGUUGGGUGGAUCUGGGGUGGCUCUUCUAAUUGAAAUUAUGGUGUUGAAUGAUUCGAAGCAGCUUGAAAGCUGAGGUUACUUGAAAGCUGAGGACAAACCAUUGGGUUUGAUUUACAGCUGCAAAUAGCAAGUAAUCUACCCCAGAGAGAAUAUAUUCUAGAAGCCAUUGAGUCACAUUUAUUCAUCCACAUCCACAGUGCAUAGGGGUCUGCAUUACCCUAUCAGCCCUCAGAGCCCAAAGCAUGAUGAUGUUACUUACAAAUGUGAAAUGUGCAUGAAUGAGCACAACUACACAAAUCCCCAAAUAACACUGAAGAAGAAGCGCCCACAACAAACACACCAGAGAACUCUGCUAGAGAACACACCAAAGAGAGCUCCUUUUUAGUUUUGUGUCAACAAAGGAUAAAGUGAAAAGUGUCUAUAAAUGUGCAGUCCGAGGUUUCAAGUUUCCUGAUUUCUGUUAUUUUCCCGACAUCCCUACUAGCCAUGUUUAUGGAAGUACUGCAAACAAAUCUAUCCAGUGACAGCCUCUUCCAGAUGGGAAAACCUCACCACUGACCCCGCUUUUCAUUUGUAAGACAUCAAAGUUAUAUUGUUCGUACUAUUAAUAUGUCCCCCCAGUCCUUUCUCUUUCAGCUUGCUAAGGGGCCUGAAGUAGUCUUUUAAGGAAAACUGAAGUUUGUCAAGAAACAUUUCAUGAAAUGAAGCAAAUGCACUGUAUGUAUAUUUAGAUAAAAAUAUCUUUGAAAUAUCUCCUAAACCCUGCUGCAGCAGUGUCCUCCCUGAGAAGUAUUUUCCUUGGGAAUGACAGGGACCCUGCAGAGCAUCUGAGGCUGGUGCCACCAUCAAUGUACUGCCCUUGAUGUCGUGCCUUGUUUGCUCUGCUCAGAUCAUUACCAUCUUGCAGGGAGACUGUAAUUACAAACCAAGAUACUUUCUACUGAAAGUAAUUAGAAACAAGGACUUUUACAACUACUAACUACAGAAAGGUAGCCAAAACUAUUUCUUUGUGCUGUUGAGCACAAGAACCACUUCCUUGUUCAUAUCACAUCCUCAUGAGAUAUCAUGCUAACGCUUCUGAUUAAAUAGCAGAAAUUUUACUUAAGGUUCCAUAAGGGGACAUUGUUUUGGGAUCCGGUUGUUUUUUGGGGUUUUUUUUUGGCUUUUUUUUUUGGAAUACAUGGUGUUGAGAGGCCUAUGCUCCUGAGAAAAUUACCUCCGAAAUGGUUAGCUGCUCAGGGAGAAGGAAAGAUGGAGAGGUGGAGGGUAAACCCUAGUCACAGAACCAUAGAACUAUUCAGGUUGGAAAAGACCUUUGGAAAAGAUUGGUUAGGAAAGAUCAUGCAGUCCAACUGUUAACCCAGCACUGCCACCUCCACCACCAAUAGGAUGUUCUUGCAAAACAGCCGUGGUGGCUGAUCCAGCUUGUCGGGGAGCAGGAGGAGAGAAGAAUCAUUGAGGCUGUUUUGCCUGGGGGAAGAAGUCUGUUAGUCCCCAGGAGCUAUACCACCACACCCUUGCAAGCCCAGGGGUACCAAGCAGAGGCUGCCUGGCUGCUCCACACCCACAGUAAGGAGCUCAUCAGCUUAAAUUGGUUUUAACCUGAAGAAAUGCGAUAUGUUAAGGGCUUGUGUCUGGCUUGGCCUUUGUUUGGAGGGUCCUGGCUGGAUGAGGACCAGACCAUAAGGUGGGAGUUUUGUGCUUCUGUUAAUUCAAUAGUGUAUGGUGGAUGGUUAGGGUAUGUGUUGAUGUUUCCAAAACAAACAGAAAAAUGGUGCCUUCGACUAGUAACACAAAGUAUUUUAGAAGCCUGUUUGAUUUGAAGCCUCAUUGAUCUCAGAGCAGUGGUGGCUGGACUGUUAUCAAUAGCAAUGAAGAAUGUUGUAAAUAUAUAUAGCAGACUCUCUCAAAUUAGCUCCAUGUCCUGUGUUCCUGACUCUUUAUUUUACUAUUUAAUGUGUAAGAAAUCCUGUACUGUCAACACUGUUUUCUUCUACUAGCAAAGAUGUAAGCAACUAAAUAGAAGUUUAUAGUCUGCUUGUUUAACUGUACCUUUUUGCUUCUGAUUAAGCCUGUUUGUGUAGUAACUUUUCUGAUACUGUGCAAGUGAACCAGAGAGAAAUUUGAACCAGACAAAAAACUACUGUUUUGUUAUUUCCAUGUAUUGUAUGUGAGACCAGUGUACCUCUUUGUGUGUUUGCAUGGGAAUGCUGAUAAGCCAUGAAAAAAUGCUUUGAUGCUGGGAUGUCUAUUUUCAAUAAGCGGCUUGCGUGACUGAUCUGAUGCUAAAUAAACUAGUAAAUCAA